AUGUUUGAAGCAAAAGCUUAUGGUGUACCAUACAGCAUAAAUUUCAAGGCAUUUGAUGACCGAGAUAACGACGACAACCCGUACGAUGUGAUGAAAAGAACUGGCGAUAAUGAUAAAAAGCCUUGCGCUAUUGUGGUGCUUUCCAACGUUCAAAAUCCAAUUAUGCAUUCGUUACUGCGCAGGUAUAGAUACGACUCAAACGGCGUACUCAUCCCAAACAGUGUUAAGUACUUCGUAAAACUACCGCAAGGCGUGCAAUCUUCUACUGUAUUGGUGCCUCUUCACGAUAAAGCCUUUUCGCCUUUAGGCGGUUUCAUUAGGUACUAUAAAGAAGUACCACCGAUACCUCAGUCUUGGUAG